CCUCCCCAAAAUAACCUGCGACUACUGCGCUGACAAAUGUUGCUACUUGUGCUGGUGACAAGUUACCGUAGCUACACGGCUCCAUAUAUUCCCGUAAACUCUCCAAGGUGAACUGUGUGGUAAAACCGGGAAGGUUUGGCAGUUGCUCGUGUCCAAGAUUUUUCCCAAGUGGCAGCCGCCGGAAGACCGGAAUCUCCCUGUUUGAGCACAGGUGCACUCUGAGGAUUUACCAGGGGCCGCUGGGGCUUAUUCUGAAGCAUGCAGGAGAACAACAUCGAGCAGCCCCCGUCACUGUCUCAGCUCCUCAGAGAGAACUACCUGGCAGAGGCCCGAGCCCAGCAGCGCCACAGCGAGAUGAGCCGCUCAGACGCUUCCUCCUCACGCCUCCAGAUCUACGGGUCGCUGAAAGGCAAGGCGGAGGACUCUGGGGCUCACAAUGAUCCCACAUUCACAGACCUGUCAGCCUUCCUCAGCCAGGAGGAGCUGGAUAAGAGCGUGAACCUGGCCCGGCAGGCCAUCGGACAUGAGCCUCGAGAGGAGAGGGCAGAGGUCAGAGCCUCUCUCGCACCAUUAACCCAGUCCACAAGCCCCUCAGCCUCUUCCUUUGAACUCACAUCUGUUCCCCUGGCCAACCCCUCUCCUGCUCCUUCCGCCGCCCCCUCCAUGGUGCCCUUCACCCAGCCGGCCCCUGAACUCAAAGAACUGCAACACACAACAUUCACACCAGACAGAAAGGUGCAUAAAGCGUCCGCACGGCAGGAAAACAUGUCCAGGAACGCAAGGGGCCCCGGUGAGGGGUUCAACGACAUUGAAAGGUCGGCGAAGAACGCCCCGUACGGCAUGGAGAACCAGUCCAAGAAGGAGUUCCUCAACAAGGCAGCAGACUUCAUCGAGGAGCUCUCCUCUCUCUUCAAGGCCAACAGCUCCAAACGGGGACGACAGAGAGGGAGCAAACCCCACCGGAGCAGGAACCAGAACAAGAGCCAGGUGGAUGGGGAGGUGUAUCCCCUCGGCCCUGACGACAGAGAGCGCUCUUCCAUGCCCCUGGAGGUGGAGGCAGAGGUGGUGGUGGAGGAGGAGGAGAGACCAAGCCCCGCUGUAAGCCACCAACCAGAGGCCCAGCUGGACUCUGGGAUUGGGCACGUGGAGUUUCAGGACAGCAGGAUUACUGAGGAGGAGCAGCAGUGUGAUUCUGUUUCCCAGGAGGCACCAGAGGAGGCAGAAAGCUGCAUCCUGACAGACACUCCGUACCCCGCGGAGUCUGCGUCUGAGCCUCCUUGUUUCAUCCACAAACUGAAAAGCAGGGAGGUUGCAGAGGGCAGCAAGGUCCAGCUGGAUUGCAUUGUUAGGGGACUCCCUGUGCCUGAAGUCAGAUGGUUCUGUGAGGGCAAGGAGCUGGAGAACUGCCCGGACAUCCAGAUCAUCACAGACGGAGAGCAUCACUCUCUGAUCAUCGCAGAGGCCUUCGAGGAAGAUACUGGGCGCUACUCCUGCUUCGCUUCUAACUUCUAUGGCACUGACUCCACGUCAGCCGAGAUCUACGUCGAAGGUACCUCCUCUUCGGAUUCUGAUGGGGAACAGCGAUUUGAACAUGUAGCACAGCAGCAGAAUAAAUCUUCUCCAUCAUCGAGCCAAGCUCUUUCUGCGGAAGAGGAAGACCCUCCAUCAUCUGACCCUGCAGCAGCCAUCGAGGAGCCAGCAGAGCAGAUCGUCUCUGCACAAACUAACCAAAUAAUCCCCGAACCUCUGCUACCAGUGAGGACACCAGCCACCAUACUUUCAGUCGUUGAGCCUUUGAAUGCAUCCGUAACACCUUCAGCACUCCCUGUUCAAGAGGAACCAACAUUGGAAGAGCUAAUAGUGUCGCAGGUGCAGGUGUUUCCUACUUCAUCUCCAGGCGAAACAGGACUUUCAGAAGCCCAGGAGGUGUCUGUUACAUCUCCUCCUCCUCCAGUGGAGACGGCUGCAGCAGAAGCUCUAUCACUGCUCCAGAACUCAGUGGUCUCCUCUGUGCUGUCCCCUCCAUCACAAACACUCCAGCCUGAGAGUCAAACCUCUACCUACACCUACCCUCAAGUGUUGAACGGCCAACCUAUCAUGGCUGCCCCUGUAUUCACAAAGAGCCUGCAGGACCUCCUUGCGUCAGAAGGCCAGCUGGUGGUGCUAGAGUGCCGUGUGAAAGGGGUGCCGUCACCACGAGUGGACUGGUACAGAGAUGGAACAUUCAUAGAGGACUCUCCUGAACACAGGAUCCUGCAGAAAAAGCCCAGGUCUCCAGCUGAAUCAGAGGACAUAUGCACUCUGGUCAUUGCUGAGGUCUUUCCUGAAGAUUCAGGGAUGUUUACUUGUACAGCAAGCAACAAUUAUGGAACCGUGUCCAGCGCUGCAGCACUGAGGGUCACAGGCAAUCCCAGCAACAGUAACCAUGUGAGGCCUUCCAGCAAUUCGAUGCUGGAGCCAAACCGAAGCCAAGAACCUUCCCCCGCCCCCCCUGUAAACCUUCAACCAAAGGUUAAUAUGACCACCAGCGUCAAGCCCCACUCCAGCACCAUCCGCCUGGACCCUCUCAUCUCCAGCAGCGUACGCCUGGACCCGUUGAGCACCAGCACCCUCCGUUUGGACCCCCUUGGAUCCAGCAUGCUGCGCCCAGACCCCUUCCGCUCCAGUCUCCCCAGCCUGGAGCCCUCCAGCCUCAUCAGCAACUUCAACUCUCGCAGCACCAGCACCCCCAACUUAGAUCCUAUCAACCUCCAUCAGAACCAUCCUUCACCCAGUGGAGCAGGUGCAGAACCACAGAGCAGCAGACAGGCGCUCUCCUACCUGAAACCCUUCACUUAUCCAUUCUCUGUUGGGACGGUAGCAGAGCAGGAAGCGCCCACGCCUUCAGUGACACCACCCGACACCAGCGCCACAGUGAAGGUGACCCCUAACCAUCAGAAUGGGAGCCUCAUCGUGCUGCCCCUGCCCGACCCCCCUCCAAACUCCUGCCUGAAGACUCGAACGAAACCCAAACACUCCCGCUCCGGGUCUCGGCGCGUCCACUUCAGACUGCCGGAGGAGGAGGAGCAGAGUGACACGUCCAGCAGUCAGUGUGAUGAAGACCCCAACAUGUCGCUCAACAGGGAACCUCCACCUGUGCGGGCUAAACCCAAACUGGACCCGACCCAGCUGCGGAUUCUGCACAACCAGGUCCUCAUGGAGCAGCAGCAGGACCCUGAACCUCAAACACCCCCCCACCCUCUGUCCCAACCUCUGUCCCAACCAAAACCUCAGCCUCAGCCCCAGGCCCAACUUCAGCCACCAUCUCUGCCCCAGCCUCAGUCUCACCCCCUACCCCAGACUCUGUCCCAACCAAAGCCUCACCCUCAGCCCCAGCCGCAACCACAACAUCAGUCUCAGCUUCAGUUCCAUCCCCAGCCUCAGUCUCCCCCACUCUCUGCCUCAGCACCAGCCCCAGCCUCAGUCUCUGCCCCAGCCUCAGUCUCUGCCCCAGCACCAGCCUCAGUCUCUGCCCCAGCACCAUCUCCCCCACACCCCCAGCCUCAGUCUCACCCCCAGGCUCAGCUCAUGACCUCCUCCCUGGUGACCUCCCCUCCACCUGCCCCACAGCUGAAAACAGCUCCACCCGUCAGCAUAGCUCAUGUAACCCAGAUGAACACCAUCCAUGCCUCCCACCUCAACCUGACCCCUGCAGCUCUCGCCAAAACUCCCCCUACACCGCAGUUUUUCUCUGCUUUUGCACCAAAGUUUAGCGCAGCCUUAACAGAUCUGUCCUCGGUCACUUCUCCUGCUCCCUUCCUGAGAAGCACCCACGCCUCCCUCAUGAACCUCACCCCCACCUCUCACUCCUUCAGCUACGCCCGGCCUAAAGAGUUCAUAGCAGCCCAGAGCUUCUCCCCGGUCAGGAGUCCUUCCCCGACAGAAUCUCCGGUCCCUCUUCUCCAGGAACUGGCCGCUGAGCUCAACUCCUCCUCCGCCAGCUCCCCCACCCUCCCGCCUUUCUCCCCCCCAUCCGGGACCUUCACCACCAGGGUGCUCAAGUCUCCCACCAGCCCUCAGUCUCUCGUGUCCUCACCCACACCUCUGUCGCCGCCCUACCUGAGCAGCAUGUACGCCAUGCGAACCCAGUCGCCCCUCCAGGCCUCCUCUCCCACCUCCAGCAGCUCCACCUCCACCUCCAGCCCCAUUCAGAACCCUGUGGCGUUCCUGAGCUCCGUCCUGCCCUCCCUGACCCCGACUCAGCCCACCAACUCUAUGGGCCUGCCCAGGGGAGCUCCCAUGGGGCUAAAAAAGAGCAUGCAAAAGGCACGCAUCCCGUCAUAUGAAGACAUUCGGGAAAGCAGAGAGAAUAUCCUCCAGGACAUUGAGAAAAAGCUUCGACUUAGAGACGAAACUCAACAUUUUGCACAUCAACAGAAGCUGAGUAAUGAGGGGAAAACAGCGAGCAGACCCCUUGGACCAAACAUUCCUGCUACUGCCUUUACCUAUGAUGAGGAGUACAAAGUGUCCAAUUUUGAGCAGAGACUUAUGAGCGAGAUUGAAUUCCGUUUGGAGCGGACGCCGGUGGAGGAAUCGGACGAUGAGGUGCAACACGAUGACGUCCCUACAGGGAGAUGCAUCGCGCCCAUAUUAGACAGAAAACUGAAGAACUACAGGGCCAUGGAGGGCGUGCCCGUCACUUUCUCAUGUAAAGUAGUGGGAAUCCCUUUUCCAAAGGUGUACUGGUUCAAGGAUGGCAAGCAGGUGUUAAGGAAGAACGUCCAUUACAAGAAAAUAAGGGAGAGGGACGGGACCUGUGCUCUUCACAUAGAGACCACCACCCAAGACGACGAUGGCAACUACACCAUCAUGGCAUCUAAUCCUCAGGGACGGAUCAGCUGCUCGGGUCAUUUGAUUGUCCAAUCGGGACCUCCCCGAAACCGAAUGACACCUAUUAGCUCUCAGAGGGUGCGAGCCCGCAUACAGGAAGUUGAGAGUGAGCAAACCCAGGAGCGCUUUUUCCAGCCUCACUUCCUCCAGGCUCCGGGGGACAUGCUGGCUCACGAGGGCAGACUAUGUAGGCUAGACUGUAAGGUGAGCGGCCUCCCUAACCCAGAGCUGAUGUGGUUGGUCAACGGGAGGCCAAUCUAUCCGGAUCUUCUGCACAAGAUGCUGGUGCGGGAGAAUGGCGUCCACUCUCUGGUCAUUGAUCCUCUGACGCAGAAUGAUGCUGGGACAUACACGUGCAUUGCAAGCAACAAAGCAGGGCAGAGCUCCUUUAGUCUGGAGCUAAAAGUUAUAGAGAAAGAGAUGAAGCACUCGCCCGAGUUUGUGGAGAAGCUGCAGAACAUGGGUAUUCCUGAAGGGACUCCAGUCAGGCUGGAGUGUCGGGUGGUUGGUAUGCCCCCUCCACUCAUCUUCUGGAAGAAAGACAAUGAGACCAUUCCUAGAACUAAGGACAGGAUCAGCAUGACACAGGAUGCAACAGGAUAUGUGUGUCUCCUCAUCCAGCCAACAACUAAAGAGGAUGCCGGCUGGUACACAGUAUCAGCAAAAAACGAGGCUGGAAUUUCCUCCUGUACCUGCAGGCUUGAUAUCUAUGCACAGUGGCAUCAGAGCAUCCCUGCAUCCAUGAAAAAAGCUCCGCGCACAGGCAGCUGCUACGCAGCUCUGACGGGACAGGGGCUCGACAUCAAGUCAGCUUUCCCCACGUCAGACAACAACCCCUUCCUGUUCUCCAGCUCCCCUCGUGAGGCCAUGCUGGAGAGCGAGGAGCUGUGAACCUGCAGCAUGGUGAACCUCAGGGCAUGUGCUGAGGCCUCCCUGAGUUUAAACCAGUAGAGCAAAUUGUCAUGUGCUUUGUGUGAUGCUUUUGAAGAAGAAGAAGAGGAAGAAUCAACUUAUUGUCAUUACGCAGUACAGGUACUAUGUAACAAAACGGUUUCUCUGCAUUUGACCCAUCCUAAUGUUAGGAGCAGUGGGCUGCCAUUAUGUACGGCGUCCGGGGAGCAGUGUAGGGAACGGUGCCUUGCUCAGGGACACCUCGGUAGCACUUUGUCUUUCCGGGACUUGAACUGGUGACCUUCCAGUUGCCAAGCCAAGUCCCUAAGGACUUCGCCAACACCGCCCCAAUUGAUACACUCAUGAAAGAAUGGCAAAGAAAGAUUGUGUUAAAGCGAUCAGCACUGAUAGUGGGUUUGUCACCAUUCCUAUUUACUCAAGUCGAGUGUUUCGCAUACAGAAAAAAAAAGUUUUGCAAAGUCUUAGCUCAUGAGCCAUCAGUGGAAUAGUGUUCUAUGACGUUUGUUUUCUACAUCAUAUUAGCUAUAGUAGCAAGGGAGUUGUUUUAACAUCAGUUCUUAAAUGUCCUAUUGAAACCCCCCUUAUUUUUAUUGCGAAUAAGAUACCUGUACUGGUAGUAAUAGUUUAUUUUAAAAUGAAUAUAAAAAAUAGGUUAGAGUAUAGCAAUGAACAUUUUAAUGUAUAGUGUCAUUUAGUGCACUUUCUUUAAAUGGCUCCAGCAAGGUGGGAUUCUUUCUACAUAAGCCUAAAUAAGUUGUUGACGUUCAUCACUAGUUGAUAUUUUUGCACCAUUUUUCAUGUGCAUGCAUGCCAAUGGCUGAUGAAGAUGUCAUACUGUAUCCCUUAAAAACACUGUCUGCUCACGGUCAUAAUAAUACAAAUAUGGUGAUUUCAUUCUUCUUUUACUGACAACGUUGUAUCUACAUUUGUAUCUACAUUUGUAUCUACAGUUCCAAAUGUAUUACCUGAGGAAUGAGACAUAGGAGACUUAAAAGCUAUUUGUUUUUUGAUAAAAUUGUUGGCUUUGCUUUAACUCCAACAUUUUUAAAUGAAUCUUAGAGAAGUUAUAAUUUAACUUUGAUACAAAAAAAUAAAUUAAACAUGUUUGAAACAUUGAAGAAAAGUUGUAAAGCACAUACUCAACUGAUGUAAAGUUGCACAUUGUAAAAUAGUUUUGUCCUUCUCAGAAUAAAGUUAUAUUUAUUCAAA